GUGUGCAAGGGAGUCUAUCAACGGGUUUAAACGCGUGAAAAUACAAAUACCGACGCGAUAGCGCCCUAAGCCAGCGAGGAGAAACAGAGUGAAUGAUGAUGGACGCCGGGCAUGGAGGUUUGCAGUAUAGGACUUCCAAGCUUCAGCUAGUGAAUUACUCGAGCGCUGUAGCAUACCACGGCGCUGUAACAUCACCUAUCUUCCGCAUAAAAGUAGCACAGACAUGUGGGCUCACAUCUCCUUUUUUUUUUUCCUUUUCUCGUGGGAUGAUGGGCAAAUUUUCCAUCGGCAUCAGGUGGGAGAAACAGCACUGUCGGGCGAGAAGCAAGAUUAUAAUACCAGAAGGCAAGGGCAAGUCGAUAUAUCUGGGAUUAGGCAAUCUCCAUACGUCUAGCACCAGUUCCGAUGUUUGCGUAGCCGCCAAAACUUGGACAAAAGUGACUCGAGUGAUGCAGCCCAUAUAUAGGGUGCUCAACGCGCCCACUGGCCCAGGGGAUGUACGGGAAUGAUCUGC